UGCAAUUUUUGCUUUGGAGUUUCGUGUCACUUUUAUAUUCAGUAUUGUUUUGUUUUACUUAUUAAAUACAGUCAUACAGUAAAGUUAGAUAACUUACGUACACAAUAUAUCUUCAAAACUUGUCAAAUUCUGAAAUAAUAACUACAACAUAGCAUCAUCUGCAAAAACUAAUUGAAUUAUUGAAAAACUUUAUAAGUAAUCAAAACGGCGGGUCGAAGCAGUAGUAUGCGGCGUUCUCGAGAUGGCUACCAGUAUCAGCCCAUACCAAGGGCUGCUACGGACGAUGUAUUUGAACACGAAAAUGAACGAAUGGCUGAAGAGCUUAGUGGAAAAAUCACCACCCUUAAACAUAUGUCAAUAGAAAUUGGAAACGAGGUGCGAAUACAAGAUAAAAUAUUGCGCGGAAUAGAUGAUGAUGUUGAUAGAAGUUCAGGCUUUCUCGGUAAAACUAUGGGUAGAGUUCUGAAAUUGGGCAAGGGAAAUCAUAAUUAUUAUAUAUUUUAUUUAUUCCUGUUUUCGAUCUUCGUAUUUUUCUUGCUUUAUAUUAUAUUAAAGUUUAGGUGAUGUGUUUUAGGGUUGACAAUAUUGUUAUACUAUGUGAUGAUUUCUAAGCAAAUUAAGAUUUUGUAAAUAGUAAUACUUAAUUUGAUGAUGAAAUAUAUAAAAAAAAUAUUCUAUUAAGUU